GUCCGCAGCCGCACGUUUCCAGGUUUCUUCUCGACUCGCGUAACCAUCAACCCGUCUCUUUUCUACGUUGCGAUUAUUUUUCAUCGAAUUUUUGCUGAAAUUUCUUUAUUCUGAAUGUUCCGUAUGCAUUUAUGUAGCUGCCCGUCGUAGUAACCUAUGUCUGUUCCAUGUUGGCCACGAGAUUGCCGAUGAAGAGUACUGACUUGGCCACGAGUUAGCCGGUUUCACGUUUCCGAAUUAUUCAGCCCCAUCAUGAAUAAAGAUAAAUUUCCGUACGCUUGUUGCAAUUGCAAGCAGAGUUUCAGCAUAGUUCGAAGUCCCCGCCCUGGAUUCACCCCACGGAAUCCUCUUCUUAUGAAGUGUGGUCAUGCUAUAUGCGAAGUCUGUGUUAAAAAUGGUCUCAAAAACAACACUGUCAUGUGCAGCAAAUGUGCUACAACCACUACUGCUAGAGAUGGUUUUAAUAAUGACUUCAUGAGGAAAGAGUUUCCUUAUUUUAAAUACUUAUAUGGUAUAUGGACUUUGCGCAAUUUCUAUGAUGACUGCAACAUUAGUUUCAACAUGAAUCCCCAGAGGAGAGCUCCCAUCUCAGAACCCAAGUUUGGAAUUUAUCAAAAUAUUAUAAAUGAAUGGAUUAGUCCACCAGGAAAAGGCAAAUUGACUUUUCAAAACAGUAGUGAUAUGGAUUCCUGUUUUGACUGUCCUGCACCAGCGUUUUUUAAAUGCGACCAAUGUGAAGUGAAUUACUGCAAAAGUUGUUUUGAGAAGAUUCAUGUCACACAGCCUCAGUAUAUGACACAUACAAAAUCUAAGGCCAAACCUAGAUAUCAAGUGAAAAAGUUUGCAACACCAGCCAACUCUAUGUGCAAACAGCAUAACCAAGUCAAAGACUUCUAUUGCAAUGAUCAUGAUGAGGCUAUUUGCGCUCACUGUGCCAUUUUUUCACAUGGCGGACACAGAGUGGAGGCGCUUAACCAGAGGAAUGAAAAAAUGAUUCCGUUACUCCAAGAGUCUAUGAGGAAAGCCAUUGAAGUUGUUGCUAGAAUCAACAGUGCACAAAAGAGCAUGUCGAAGGAAUCCGGUGCGAAAAAAUUCCAAGCUCGAGCUAUCAAAGACUUGCUAGCGAUCGAGAAAGAAGCAACGGAGCGAUUUGCUUGCAUCAAUGGUAUUCUGCAGGUGGCGGAGAAUAACUUUUUCAACAAACUACGGGAAGAAAGAAACAAUUUAAUGAAUGCUUAUGUUCAGUUGGAAGAGGAAUUAGCCGCCUCCAAAAAUAGUAUUGAGGCUAUACUUACUGAAGCCAAAGAAGCUGUUGCAAAGAAAGGGGUCUCUGUAAAUGUUUUUGAAUUGAACAAGGCAUUAGAUGAAAUAGCAACAACCGUACCAUCAAAUGUCUGUUGGGACAGCAGUGAAGCGCCAAGUGAAGAGUCCACGUACAGGCUAGAAAAAUUGACGGACAAGCAAGUGUCAGAAACAUUCAAAGAGGCUUUUGAAGGUUGUUUCAAAUUGAGCUGUCCUGCUCUUCCCAAAGUGAAACUGGUCUCAGAUAAACAUGUUUCCGAUCACAUUCGAGUUGAGGAACUGAUCCAGAAUUCUGAGAGUGUCUCAUCUUUAUCCAAACAGUAUGGUAUCCCCACUGGGGCCAAAGAAGAUGACACCCUCUCACAACACUCCAGUCUAGGAAGUGACAGUCUAGGAAGUUUGGCAAAUGUUGAAUCCACUACUGAAAAUGCAACUUCAGGUCGCUCAUCGCCUAUACUACCAACGACCUUAGCUACUCUAGCACCAGGCUCGGCAGAAAUGGUAACCGUUGCUCACAUUGUCUCUCCCUCUGAGUUCUACAUAAACCGCAAAGGAGUGUCAGAUAUACUGCAGCAAAACAAAGAAAGAUAUCGCAGGUACGUCAUGACAACCAAUCCUGAGGUACCAGCAUCUUUGAAUAAAUCGGGUUUGUACCUGGUUACGUUUAAGAAAGAUACCGGUAACCAGGUUGGUGACUGGUACCGUGGGUUGGUACUGAAGACGGACAUACCUGAUAAGCCUGGCAAGGUGUUUGUUCUUUACAUCGACUAUGGAACCACAGCAUUUGUGGAUAUAUCCUGCUUCAGGAUAAUGCCGGCACGAUCAAGUCAAGAGCCAGCAUAUGCAAUCCGCUGCUCGUUGUCAGAAUGUCAUCCACGUGAAGGAACAUGGUGUGUUGAGGCAAAAAGGAAAAUGACUGAGUUAUGUGAUAAAUGUGAAGUCAUGAUGCAUGUGAUGGAAGUGACAGAGAAAGGUCUUGAAGUGGACUUGGUGCGUGUGCAUGAAAUAAACCAUGUCUCAGUGCGUGAUGCUCUCAUCUUCUUGGAACUAGCCUCAUUCCUCCCAUCCUCAGAGAAAAAGCAGGAGGUUCCAAAAACGUUGCUCAUUCCUAAGUCAAAAUUCGCAAAGGGUGACAUAGUCGAGGGCCACAUUUCACAUGUAGUCUCACCAAGCGAGUUCUACUGCGUUGAGCUGGACACCCACUACCGGCAGCUGCACGAGCUCAUGGCAGAGAUGACCGAGCUAUACUCGGAUCCAGCGAGGCAACCUGGAAACAUCCUCAACCCAGUUGUAGGAAUGUCUGUUGCAGCAAAAUAUUCCGAGGAUGAAAAAUGGUACCGAGCAGUGAUAACCAAUCUUCCAGGCAAGAGGCUCGUUGACGUUUUUUAUGUCGAUUUUGGAAAUAGAGAGCGAGUUACUUACUUGGACGUUCGAGCCCUCUUACCAAAGUUCUUGCGAAUGAGCACGCAAGCAAUCCACUGCAGUCUGUGUGACAUCAAGCCCCCGAAGAAGUCAGAUCAGUGGCCUGAAAAAGCAGGCAAGCUUUUACAACAGCUUGAAUACACGCUGGCACGUCUAGUUAUCCAAGACAUCAAGGUUGUUGACAAUCAACCUAAAGUAUCGGUGGUUCUCUUUACGAUGAAACCAGAUGCAGACAUCUGCAUCAAUGCUUACCUGGUUCAAGAGGGCGUUGCAGUGAGCACAGGCGUCAACUCUACUGUCGUCACAUUCCACCGAGUUCAGAAUUCCAAGAAACUCACAGCACUCCAAGGUCUUUGCACAGAGCGGGAUCAAGAAAAACUCAAUGAUGCACCAUCAGAUGUGGCGGCUAAACUGACGAAAAAAACCAAGAAAAAGACCACUGAGAAAAAGAAAAAAGAAGGUGAAGAGGCAACAUUUACGGAAGAAACGGAUAUCAGUUGCGCUGCAAGUGUUACAUCAAGCUCAACAGCACUCACAGAAGAAUCGGAAGAUGGUGACCAAACGCACCGUAUCGAAGUCAAAGUUAUCUCGGCUGCCUCUCCGAGUCAGAUCUAUGUUCGCCUGCAUAAUCAAGAAGUAGAAAAAUUUAUCGAAGAACUGAAUUGGGAACUAGACAAGUUUUAUGCGACGAGCAGUCCUGACCCAUCUGCUAAGUGGAAAGAGGGCGACAUUUGCGUAGCUUUCAAUCCAGAGGAUAAACAUUGGUACCGUAGUAUAGUCCGGGAAGUAUUCGAUGAUCACUUCCUGGUUGUGAUGAAAGAUAUCGGGAAGGAUUGCCAAGUGAAGAAAGAACACUUGCGGCCGAUCAAGGAGAAAUUCUUGAAAGGAUUCAUUGAUGGAACUAUCCGCUGUCAUCUUGCAGGUGUACUAGCAGCCGGUGGUGGAAAAUGGGCAAGCUAUGCAAUUGAGCGGGUUCAAGAGGAGUUAAACAAACAUUCUUCUGUAUUCAUCACCAAACGAGGCCAAAUCGACACAGAAAGAAAAUCGUUGCCGAUUGAACUGUGGGUGAAGCGCGUGACCUACGGUGGUGCAUUGGAGCCAGAUAUUGAAGAGUGGGUCAGUAUGAAUAUGUUUGUGGUCCAGCAAGGCUUGGCGAUCCCGGACCGAACAUUCCAAAAGUACAUUGCUCCUGCAGAAGACUUACUCCACGAUUUGAAACAAAUGCAGCACGAAAGUUCCAGCAAUAUCAAUAGCAGAUCAUACGUUGUGUCAUGGCUGCAGGACCCGGACGGACAGUCUGGGACAUCGUCCAUGGAGUUGAAAACUAUGCAGGUUAAAAAGAAGAAAAAGAAUGCAAGUGCAUCAGUCCAAGAAAUCUCGAUGGAUUGGAAACCACCUGCACCUCUGGAUGAUCUCGAUUUGGAUAUCAUACCCACCUUUGUGGAUGAAAAUAACUUAAUCUAUUUCCACGAGCUGAGUCGAGAGGACACGUUGAAGCAGAUCGAGCAAGCCCUGCUCGUCCAGUACAAAAAUUCAAAGCCGCAACCUCAGGACAUGUUUUGGUAUGCCGGACAGCUGUGCAUUGCGCAAUAUCACUCAAAUGGGCUUUGGUAUCGUGGAAAAAUUAUUAAGGUGACGAGUGAUAGCACCUAUCAAGUCCAGUUCGUUGACUAUGGGAACGUAGAGGAUGUCAAAGCAAGCGAGUUGCGGAAGCGAGUGUUUUUAACAGAAGUCCCAACGUUCUGCCACGUCCUCGCUUUGCACAAUGUGAGAGCAGUGUCUGAAGACGGGAGAUGGCAGACAAACGUUCUCGACUUCGUCCACGCCAAUGUCGUGGAGAAAAUAUGCCGAGUAAAGCUUCAAUAUCCUGAAAAAGAUGGGGCGCCUUUUCUUGCACUAUCCUUCGCCCCCCCUGGAGGCAUUGAACUGGUUGAUAUUCUUGUUGGCUUGGGUUAUGCUGUCCGAGGAGGUGCCUCUGAGGAGGAAAGCUCCACCAUCUCAGAAGACUCGGAUGAUGAUGUUGUCGUUGUUUCAUCCCAAAACAAAGAAUCUGAUGAAGAAAAUGAGGCUGGCCUAGAGGAUCUUCUCUCUCCACCAAGUGAAUCAAUUGACAAUAUUGUCGCUUCCAUCAUGAAGCCGAGAGAGAUAGACCUCCGAAGUCUCUCUCGUUCCAGCAAGUCAGAUGGCGCUUCGAACAAGUCCAGAAAUUCUUUGGUAGACUUCACUUCACCCCCUCCUGAUUCGCGAAUUCUAGAUAUCCCGAGAGAUCCUUCAGUUGUGUCAGAAUUAUCCAUAGAGUCUGUUAUAGCAGAAUCUAGUAUUUUUGCUGAAAGUUUGUCCCUUUCCGUCCUAGAUAUGAGGGAACAACCAAAAGAGGAGCUAGAAGUCACCUGUUUACUGUCACACAAAUCAUUCAAUGAGGUAAGAAUCACGUGCGUGGUUGACAUUGAUACAUUCUACGGUCAACUGGCAGCCCUUGAUGAAGUAGUAGAAAGCGUGUUCAAGGAUAUGCAAACCUAUGUCCCCGAAGCUCCGAGCCUGAGUAAGUUGAAGGUGGACACACUCUGUGCCGUCUUAAUGGACGAAGAGUGGCACCGAGCCCGAAUCCUCACUCUUUCUCCCGCCAUCACAGCUCAACUAGUGGACUUGGGUGACAUUAUUGUGGUGAAGGAAGACCAGUUGAGAGAAAUUCCAGCCAUUCUUCAGAGCGAGCGCAUCCACUGCUUCAAAUUCAAGAUAUCUAAUGCCUCGAAGGAACACGCUAAACUUAAGAUCUCCGAUAUAGUGCGAAUUAAACCUGAGAUGUUUUGCCCAGAGAGUGACAGCUGGAUAGUCGUUGUUGAAGACAAUCACCGUGCUCAGGAUUCAGUCAUUAAGUCGGAACAAACCGGUGAAAAAGAGAUUGUAAAUGAGUUUGGAGCAUUUCUAGACCUGCCCAUACUGCCCACAAUGGAGGAAGUUGGAGUUGAAGUUACAGCGAUCGCCGGUCUGACAGAUUUCUUCGUACAAAUUAAAAAAACAACAGAACAAUCAUUAUUGGAGAUUCUAAAUGAAUACGAGGCAAUGUUUGAAGAAAUCCAAAAGGAAGCACCCUCUGGUCGUCCUCUUCUCGAGCCCUUAAGAAUCGGUCAAGAAUGUUGUGCCUUAUACGAAGAUGACAACUGGUAUCGAGCAGUAAUCGUGGCUAAAUUUCCUGAAAACGAAGAAAUGGUCAUGGUUCGAUUCAUCGAUUUUGGAAACAAGCAACCAACUCCCACCAAAAAUUUGAGGCCUGUGAAAAGGAAAUGGAUGGACAUUCCCAGACAGUGUAUCAGUGUAAGACUAGCAGACAUGAAAAAAGCAGACGGUGUGACAGGGGAGGCGCUUAAAGAAGCAUUCGAACUCCUACAGAAGAUCAUCUUCUGUCCGCUGAAGGCUGUCAUUAAGGAACUAUCAAACCCGAUGCUCGUCCUGCUUUUCAAAGACGGAACAGAGGAACCGGUCUGUCAACCUUUGAUAGAUGCAGGUUUCUUCCAAAAGGUGGACUGAAAACCUGCCUGACUUGGCAUCUCACCAUCAUCAUCGCUUGAUAGUUUCUCACAAUUAUUGAAUGAGCCAUUGGUCUUGCCCCUCACCGAUGUGAAUUUAGUUCAGUCAUCAAGGUCCUCUUUAGUAUUAAAUUUAUCAAUUGUGAUUUUUAGGCAGAUACAUUUACUAGGUUGAUCGAAGACCAUUGAAUAAUGUUCCUCUGUCCGAUUUCUAAUUUUUGGCUAGUGAAAUGAGAAUCUCAUCUACCAAUGAAUUAACAUGGAGUCAAAUUAUCAGAUCAAAGAAAGAUUUGAAUGUUUUGUUUGUACAAGAGUUCUUAAAAGUUUCUAGAAAAUUGAGAUUGGAUUGGUUUUUAGCCAUAACUUCUCAUAGAUUCACGCGAUCUCAUUUCGAAAUGGCUUUCUACUUUGCAUCUCGUUUAAUACGUAUUAAUUCCAAUUUUUCAAUCUUGUAAUCGCUCCUCUUUUGUUUGUGCACUACUGCUAUUUUCAAGAGGAGCUCUAUUGUGAUAAAGGCAGGCAAUUGCGUGCAUAAUGUAACCAUAUAGUCGUGCAUGCUUUGGCUGUAAGAAGAUUCAUAAUCCUUGACUUGUUGUUUUAAUUGUUCAUUUAUUUAGCAUUAAAUUUCUAUUAUGUUCCCUUCUGUCAACUAUACAAGCUUAAAGCUGAGGAACUGUAAUAGGAGAAAGCUCCCCAAUGUGUUGUCUGGAGUGGUGACAAGUGAAGUUGCCAUUGAAUUGCUGAUCGAGGGAAGCUGUGCGUCUAGUUUAUUUUUUUACUUCUUUUGACUCAGGUUUUUAUGCUUUUUUGGAGGAUCUAUUUUUUUACUGUAUUUACUUAAUUAUUAACUUAACUGAAGUUGUAUUUUUCUCAUUUAUUUUGAUUUUCAGAACACUAUACCACAAAUAGUGUUGCAUUAUUUCUACUAAGAACUGAUGUUUAAAGGCGCUAGCCACAAUUAUCCUCAUUCAGGAUUUAAAUCGAGUCAGCACCCUCUCUAACAGAGAUAGUCCUUACAUGCCUUGUGAUAUGGUUAAUUCCAGGAGUGUUUCAGUGUUUUUCUUUAAUUUCCUUAUUAUUAUUUUUACUGUGUCGUAGUUACUCUUAUCUUUACGUCAUCAAAAAUCUUUUUGUUCUCAUUAAAUAUUUAUCUAAGAAGUUCCAAA